AAAAGGAAGGCUGGAUAAAAUGACUGAUGCAUCCAAAACCUACGUUGUUUUAAAAGUCCAAAAUUUGAAAAGCACUACAAUCGACAGACGAGGAAGUGACCCUUGCUGGGAACAAGACUUCAUGUUUGAAAUCUGUGCUGAUGGAAAGGGUUUCCUUGUAGAGCUGUGGAAGAAAGGUUUGCUCUGGGAUAGCAUUUUGGGAGUUUUAUGGAUUCCCCUUGCAACUGUGGAAUAUGCAACAGAUGAAGGCCCAGGUUCCUGGUGGACAUUGCAUUCUGAAGUAAUAAAAAAUGGAAGUGAGAUUCAAGGCACAAAAACACCAACUUCACACGAGAUCUUACUAGAUGUCUACUUUGCAUUACCAUUUGAUACCCACAAAGACUUAGAUUGCAGAGCCUGGCACAGAGGGCCACCCCUCCAAAGUACAAGACCUUCACAUCAAGAUACAUCUGAUAUUUGGUCACCCAUGGAAAGUAGUCUCAGCACACAAGAGAGCAAACCAAGGAAAACCAUGAAGGAUACUGUCUCCUGUGAAACCACUCUGCAAACAUGUGCCUUCUCAAUAAAUCUUUGGUGGAGAAAUAGAUUCCAGGGUGAUGGAGGUAAUUUUGCAAAAGCACGAUGGGCCAGGGCUAUUCAGAAGACACUUCAAGAAGCCAUGAGCAACAGAGGGAGAUUUUGCAAGACAUACAAAACCCCUUCAGGAUUUUGUUUCCAACAAGCAGAUGUGUGAUUCUUUUCUCUU